UGGUAAGGCGGUACCUGGGACACAUGACAGAUCCCAGAAGCCGCCGGACCAAUCACAAAGCGCAAGUGCUUCUCGCUCAUGCGCACUGGGCACCCGGCUGUCAUGCCGAGCGCCAUUACAGAAGCCGGGAAGACAGCGCGCGGCUGGAUCGAGGAACAGCAGUCAUCUGUGCUGUCCGCAGUCUCUGGUCAUCUCCUGUACUGUCCGCAGUCUCUGGUCAUCUCCUGUACUGUCCCUGCAGUCUCUGGUCAUCUCCUGUACUGUCCGCAGUCUCUGGUCAUCUCCUGUACUACUGUCUGCAG